CCCUCUCCCCGCGCGGAGUGUCUGAGGGCCGCUGGCUGCUCCGAGCCGCUUGGCUCCUUCCCUUAGUAACAGCUUUUACAUUCUGCCUCAAUUCCUCCUCAAUCUAAAUCACACACACACAGAUAUUACUUUUUUUUUUUCCCCUCCUCCUUCCUCGGGACUUAAUCUCUACCCCCUCUCCCCACCCUCCCCCUCCCCCCGGCCUCUGGCUCGGGAUAUAAUUGAAUAUCACAGCACUACUCGCUGGUUAUUUUUUUUUCUUCCUCCUCCUGUGUGUGUGGUGGUGUGUUUUUUUUUUCUUUGCUGUGUGUUUUUUUUUUUUUUUUCCUCCUCCUCCUCUUGGUGUGGACACCUCAGCUAAAAAAAAAAAAUAAUAAUAUUAUCGAUACAUAUCCGUGUGUACACACACACAGACACAGGGACACACAGAUGUGUACGUAUAUAUACAUGGCUGUAUAAAGCAGGAGGAGAGACAAACAAGGGUGAAUUUCUUGUGCCUCCGUUCCCAAGGAAGGGGGAGCAGCCGCUCCGCUCCGCUCCGCCGCUCCAAGCGUCACCCUUCUGUGGCAAGAGGCACGUGAAAGGAAAACUUCUGCAUAUCAAUGCACUGCCAAUGGUGGUGUAAUACCAAGGGCUGUACUGCUGCCACAUCACAAUUUUGUGGGGUUGCAGAGAGUAGUUCUGGGUUGUGUCCUUUGUUGUGACCUCAUGGUUUAACUGGGAAUAAAGAUGAGUAUAAGCAGUGAUGAGGUUAACUUCCUGGUAUAUAGAUACUUGCAAGAGUCAGGGUUUUCCCAUUCAGCGUUUACUUUUGGUAUAGAGAGCCAUAUCAGCCAGUCCAAUAUAAACGGUGCUCUGGUGCCACCAGCUGCUUUGAUUUCCAUCAUCCAGAAAGGUCUGCAGUAUGUAGAGGCAGAAGUCAGUAUUAAUGAGGAUGGUACCUUGUUUGAUGGUAGGCCGAUAGAGUCUCUCUCACUGAUAGAUGCAGUAAUGCCUGAUGUGGUCCAGACCAGACAACAGGCCUACAGAGAUAAACUUGCACAACAGCAGGCAGCAGCUGCUGCAGCUGCAGCUGCCACAAACCAACAGGGAUCAGCGAAAAAUGGAGAAAAUACUGCAAAUGGCGAGGAGAACGGAGCACAUACUAUAGCAAUUGUUUCCCAUAAUGCAGAUAAUCACACAGACAUGAUGGAAGUAGAUGGAGAUGUUGAAAUCCCUCCCAACAAGGCAGUGGUGCUGCGUGGCCACGAAUCUGAAGUGUUCAUCUGUGCCUGGAAUCCCGUUAGUGACCUCUUGGCCUCAGGAUCUGGAGAUUCGACAGCACGGAUAUGGAACCUCAGCGAAAACAGCACGAGCGGCUCUACGCAGCUGGUACUUCGACACUGUAUACGAGAAGGAGGGCAGGACGUACCCAGCAACAAAGACGUGACAUCGCUGGAUUGGAACAGUGAAGGUACACUUCUAGCAACUGGGUCUUACGAUGGCUUUGCAAGGAUAUGGACUAAAGACGGUAAUCUUGCCAGCACCUUAGGGCAACAUAAAGGUCCUAUAUUUGCGUUAAAAUGGAACAAGAAAGGAAACUUCAUUUUAAGUGCAGGAGUGGACAAGACCACAAUUAUUUGGGAUGCCCACACUGGCGAAGCCAAGCAGCAGUUUCCUUUUCAUUCUGCACCAGCAUUAGAUGUUGAUUGGCAGAGUAACAACACAUUUGCCUCUUGCAGUACAGACAUGUGUAUUCAUGUCUGCAAACUAGGACAAGAUAGGCCCAUCAAAACUUUCCAGGGUCAUACAAAUGAAGUAAACGCAAUCAAAUGGGAUCCAACUGGUAAUCUUCUGGCAUCCUGCUCUGAUGAUAUGACUCUAAAGAUCUGGAGUAUGAAACAAGACAGUUGUGUCCAUGAUUUACAAGCACACAACAAAGAAAUUUAUACUAUCAAAUGGAGUCCUACAGGACCAGGAACAAAUAAUCCAAAUGCCAAUCUUAUGUUAGCAAGUGCAUCCUUUGAUUCUACUGUUAGGUUAUGGGAUGUAGACAGAGGAAUUUGUAUUCAUACUCUGACAAAACAUCAAGAACCUGUGUACAGUGUAGCUUUCAGUCCUGAUGGCAGGUACCUGGCCAGUGGCUCCUUUGAUAAGUGUGUACACAUCUGGAAUACGCAGACAGGUGCCCUAGUUCACAGUUAUCGGGGAACAGGAGGGAUUUUUGAGGUUUGCUGGAAUGCAGCAGGAGACAAAGUUGGAGCAAGUGCUUCAGAUGGUUCAGUUUGUGUAUUAGACCUACGGAAAUAGCGCUACUAGUUGGAAGCCAUGGACCGACUAUGAAUGUGUACAUAGCCAAAAUGACUGUCCCUGACCCAUGUACUGCUAUAGUCCCAAUUGAACCAUGGCCAGUCCACUACAGCCAAACGUAAAAGAAAUAUAUACAUAUACUGUAUAUAUAUUAAAAAAAAAUAAAAAAAAUAAAAAAAAAAAAAAAAAAAAGGAGGAAAAAAAAAAGAGAAAAAUUACACCCUGAAGAGGAUGACAGAGUUUUGUCACAGCUUGUGAAUCCUGUUCACCAAGUGCUGGAAUCUGCUGUGCCCCAAAAUAACAUUUAAAGGUUUUGGAUAUGAAAAACAGAAGAGAGAGCGAGAGAGAGAGAGAGAGAGAGAAAGAUACUGUAUACAGGAGCAGACCCAUAUACAUACCAAAUGCAGAAGAUACUAAUGGCAGCCUUCAUUACCCCUUCCCCCCGUUACAUCCAUUCUGACAAUGGAUUGUGGGGUAGUUUUGUUUUUCUUCUCAGUAGUUGAGCAGUUUGUGCGUACAGAGCAAAUGGACUUCCAGAAAUCUGCAGCAGUAGGGUUUCUUUCUUUGCUUUUAAGCAUCGGGUUUUCUGUUUUGGUUUGGUUAAGUUUACGGAUGCAUGAAGUAAGGGAGUGAAUUAGUUUCUUGUUUGUUUUUUUUCACCUUGGAUAAACGUGUUUCUUUGAAACAUAUUUUAAUGCAUUCUUUGAAGAGGUAGGUUGAACCUGAAAAUGUUUGGUACAUUUUGUGGCUCCCAGAGCACAAUUUUGUGAACAGAGGGAGGGUGGAAAAGGGAUUAGAGAGAGAGAGGGAAGGAAAAAAACCCCUUUUUUGAGGUACUGCUCACCUACAAAGUAUGACAGUAGUGGGUAUAAUGCUAUGUUUUAUUUUCUGGUGACAUGGCUGAAAUGCAGUAGUUUCUUAUUUGGGACAUAAUUCUGCCAAACUUAAGAACAGAAGGGCACUAAAAUAAAACAGAAAAGAAAAAUACAGGGAUGCAAAAAAAAAUAAAGGAGGAUAAAAUGCAUCUUCUGUUGCUUUAAGACCAUAGCUAAAAUAUGGUUAAAUUGUGCACUAUUGUGAAAAGGAGCAAAGUGUAGUUGGGGGAUCAUUUUUAGGAGGGUAAGAUCUUUCUGGACAAGGGUUCAUGCCACAGCUUCUCUGAGAGUUGCCCGUCAUUAUUUGUAGGAGCUUAGAUGUAUAAUUGUAACCAAACUCCAGUAUUAAAAGUAUCUCAUGUAAUUUUUCUUUAUUAAAAUAAAAUCUUUGGCAUAUAUUUGAUAACACUGCCAUUAAGAGGCAAAAUGUUUACUACCUUAGAUUUUAAAAAAAGAAAAAUCUUAAACAGAGGACUUGCUUCAAGUUUAUUUUAAUAGCAGUGAUUCAGCUUAUUUAAAAGAUGAAUACUUGCACUAAUUCCCCUGCUGCUCCAGUCCUGCAGUUUAUUGUAUCUUGUGACUACAUUUUUUCCAAAUAUAGGGUAGAUGUAAGCUGCUAUUUUUUUAAUAAUCACUACUAUAUAGUGUCUUUUACUCUGUUUACAAUAUCAAGUAUUUUUCUUACAAUGACAGAUGUAUAUGGCAAACCUUUUUCUGCUCAUGUGAUUAAAAGUAUACCGAUAGUGAUUUUAUUUGUAAAUGAUAGCAUGAGGUUGUGUUUACGCGUAUGUGUAGUUGAAAAGGUUGCAUCAAAUCUUGCAUAAGAUUCCAAGAGUGUAAAUUUAUAAAAAGAGAGGUUGUCAAAUUAACGUCACAGGCAUUUACUUAAGGAAUGGUUUAUAUUACAGAGCUUUGCAAAGUUAUCAGUUUUAUAACACUAUUUCAAUCACAAAUAAUUUUGUGGCUUAUGAUUGCUAGUCUCUAACCUAUUUUUUUUUCAGUUUUUCUUUUUACAUUUUUUUUAUUUCCCCCUCCAAGUUAGGUAUAAAUUGAUUUACUUCAGAUAAUGCAGCUUUGACAUUUUAACCAUCGUUCUUUAGGCAUUGAUUUCUGCUAUUUCCAUGGAAUAAACACGACUUGAAGCAAGUCUGAGUUUGGCUAAGGUAGGGUAGCAAUUUGCCAGUGGUAAGGAGAAGUCAACAAUCCAUUCUUUAUAUAUACCCCAGGAAUAUACUACUAUCAUACACAGCAUUUAAAAACAACAAAAAGUCGUAUCUGUAGAGACAGUCAUCUGUGUUGGUUCGGUGCCAGCUGUUUUUAGGGUUUUGGAACAUGUUACAAAUGUUUAGAGCAAUUACCCUGUGAGUUACAAUAUGUAGGAAACCUAAGAUACUGAGUGUCUGGCACUUGAAAUAUUGCUUUUCUUGCUGGAGGUCCAUGACUGUGGCUGACCUCUGUCAUUUAAUGAUAAAAAAUAAAAUUCUGUGCAAUAAUUUUAAACUGUGCUCCCAGGAAUAGACACAAAUGUUUUGAGUAUGUUUAAGCUGCAUUUUUCGUUUAGCAAUGCAUUUGUCAAUUGCACUGAAUUUAGACCUGAAAGUCAGAAGUGAUUCUCGAUAGUACUUUUGUAUUUUAAUAUGGACAGUUUAUUCAUUUUCAUAAAAGUUAUCGGAUGAUUCUUUCAGCCCAUCUAAACAACUGUGGUGGAAUUCUUUGACGUAACUGCAAAUCACACAGCCAUGUUUUUAGGGUAUUGCCAUUUUCCUCUUUCUCAAUCAUCAGCUCUUUUGGUUGUAAUUCUAGUUGCUCAAGCAUAGUAUCACGUAUUCAGAAACAGAUAAAACAGCAUUUCGGUAUCACAGGUCCAGGGUUUUCAGAUGCUUGAAGCACAGUCCAGCGGGACCGUCCCGUCUGCUGACUGGAGCGCUCUGGACACGCAGGCUGAGGCCCCAGCCUGGUGUCGGUCAGCAGAGCCCCACGGUACUGGAGUGGCGCCAGUUUCCACCAGCAAAGAGAUCUGGUCAACUGGUGUUUUAUUGUUGUCCUUUCCUAGCAUGCCACAGUGCUGCUCCUGCUCACACCUCUUCUCGCCUCUUGUUUCGUACACCGCUAAACGCGUGCGUGCCAGGUGCGCUGGGUUCUGUGGUUACGUGAAGCAAGAAGAGAACCAUGACAUUAAUUAUUAUCUUUUAUAGCACAAAGACCUCGUAUUCAACGGCGAGGUAGACUAUCCAGAUUGUUCCUUUAAAUUGAGUAUGCCAAAUGUCAGUAGGACCCUGACUUUGUAUAAACGUAUGUGCGGCCUGACAUACUGAGUAAUUCUGCUGCACCUGUUCUCCAGGCAUAAAGGCAAACGUGUGCGUAAGCCUUUGCAUACGUUACAAUUCCUAUUUUUUCCAGUUCACCACGUUAAUGGGCAAAUAUCCAAACAGAGGAUGAAAGGAAGGGGAAAAACUGGGCUCAGAAUUAGUGAUGGAAUAAGAAAUGAACUGCUCUUGAGUCUGCUGUCUUUCUAUGCAUCCAUCUCAGCAUCCCGUUUCUCAUUUCUGCAUAAUUAGGUCCAAGUUUCUGUAGAAUUCGUCUUUUUUCUAUUUUUACUUUACCUUUUUCUGCAUUUUUAAAUUGAUGUAAAGAUUCCCAACCAGUGGACUUCUUAGUGUAGUUAAGGGAAUAUCUAGGUCCUCAUAAAAGCUUUUUUAGACUCUUUGUAAUGUUGAUAAACUCAGUUUAUUCUGGGGCUACAAUUGUGCAGGGUUAUUUAGCGUGUCUACUAGAUGAUUGGAAAUCUUACAUGGAACACUAAAAGUGCCUCUUUUUCUGGGUUGGGUGGAGGGAGGUAAUAGUUACCAGAGUCAGAAUGACAUGGCAUUUUGAAGCAUGUUUCUUGAUUUCAUGACACUUUAAUGCAUCUUGAGAGAAAGGCCAAAGAUUUCUACCCAUUUUAAUUAAUUUUCAUUUUAAAAGCACUCCUUUUUCCUUACACUGCUUACCUCAUGCUAGGGUAUUUAAUAGGACAUUGUACCUUUGAAAUGUUCUUUGUGUUUAGGAAGAAUGGUAGGUGGCAUAGGGUGGUUGUGCCAGUUUGCCUACGGAGCAAUCUUAGCAGCCCAUGCGUUUAGUUCUGCUGAAUUGAAGGAGUUUCAUUAAAAUCACAAACUGGGUUUUUCGACUUGUAAAUAAAAGGUUGUAUGUUUUUGUCUGUUUAGCGAAGAGGAGCCUUGGGACCCGAUUUUUUUUUUUUUGUGUUGUUUCCAAUCUUUACUUAACCAGAAAUCCCAUUGUCUUUCACUUCAGGAGGAAACCUUGCCAGAAUAAGCAUUGGAGGCAUUGGGUCUGUGUAAUAUCGCACCGCGUAGGUUAAACGAGCAACAUCUCACCCCACCCAGACCCCCGUUGGCCUCGGGGGGGUUUGCCAGAGCAGGGCCUGCCGGGUUCAACCCGUGUUCCUUUGUCACUGACAAGCGCCAUCGCUUCUCCCUUCGCAAAGUCCCCUAGAGCCGUUCCCCGGGGGGCCGGUUCCACACUCUCCAGAAGUCUGAAGAAAGCAGAAGCAACAUUGUGGCAUGUUCGAAGCAAAUAUGGCUUCGGGAGGCAGCAGUAAACCUCCGCCGAGAUCCCUGACGUGGCCGUAGGGAGAGAGCCGUGGAGCCGCCUCGGCUUCUCCCUGAGAGCGAGCUCUGAAAUCCCCGUUGGCCGCAGCGCCCGCGCUGCCGGUCUGGCGGGAGGCAGACGAACCAGGAAAAUCUGCCGUUUCUUGCAGAUUUAGUGUUAAUAGUGCUUCAGAUCAGUAGUUUUGAGUACAUAAUUUGCUUUCUCUGCCUUUAGGUUUGAAGCUUGACAAUAACUUGAGGCAUGUUUUUGUGUUUCCUUUUUUUUUUUUUUUUUUUUUUAAAAUAAUCAUUCAUUUUUACUUCAUAAUGUUUUUUGACAUUUGUGGGUAAAUACAAGAAAACAGUCUGCAUGUUGUUGCUAGUCCAGUUGUACUUUGCGAUCUUGUCCUCAACAGACUGCAGUGUGCAGAACAGUAAUUCUAGAAUACAGAAGUAAUUUUCUCUCUCUCCUGACAUUGACAUUGUAGUUGUAAUGGUUUCAUUUGGAGUUACAAAUCCUUUGGGUCUAAUUCUGUGAGCCUACCUAUAGCACUGGAUUAAAAUGUCUGCAUCAUUUCUUCAGUUAUCCAGUUAAAUUACAACUGUUGUAAAAGUGUAAACCAGCCCAUGACAGUUUUUUGUACUUGUUUAAAGGACUUUUAUUGUUCAGUUUUCAUGAUUAUUGUCUAAAGAAGACUGAUAUAGAUGUUCUAUACUGUCCUGGACCAUGUUAAUUACACUUUAUGAUGUAUUUUGGUUCUACAUCACAAUGAUUUGUCCCCAAGGCCCUUGUAUCCCUUCUAGGCACAUUUUCUGUUGCAGUUUCCCUUUGCAUUGUAUUGCUUUGACAACUGUAAUUUGAAUCAGAUCUGAAAGAGGUCCAGAAUAAAAUAUAUUUUGAUAUUA